CAAAAAUGCCGUUGUUUGUACUCUGACGGGCCGGCUGAACUUUCUGUUUCCGGAAUUACAUCGAACUGUUUACGCUGAAAAUUUUAGGAAUCCGCCGACAUCUGUGUGAAUUAAGGAAAUUUAAUAUUUAUUCAAGAUGAAAUCGUUUUUGGGGAACUUCGUUCUAUUCUUGUUACUCGUAUUACCAUCAACAUUGCUUUUGUUUGGAAAUGGAAAUGCAGGGGGUCUAGUUGCCAAUGCUGACAAUAAUGACCACGGCGAUGCCAUGGAGGGAGAAGAGGAUGACGAUGCUGCUGUGGAAACUGAAGAAGCUGGAGAGGAAGAAGGUGCAGCAGUAACAGAGACGGAAAAGACUGAUGAUGAGGAAGAAGAGGAAGAAGUUGAAAAAGUGAAACCGUCAGAGGAUGCUGAUGCUGUCAUCUUGUUCACCAAACCUGUUGAUACCACAGAUCUCCCUGCUGGUCAAUUGGUGAGGUUCCUUGUUGGAUUCACAAACAAUGGCGAAAAGACCUUCACUGUGGAAACUUUGGAGGCGUCCUUCCGCUACCCACAAGAUUAUAGUUUCUACAUCCAGAAUUUCACCACGGCCACAUACAAUGCUGAGGUUGAAAACAACAAACAGGCCACUUUCGAGUACGGGUUCACCCCAAGUGACACAUUUGCAUCUCGACCUUUUGGACUGACUAUUCUCCUCAACUACAAAGAUGAUGCUGGAACCCAAUACCAACACGCUGUAUAUAACGACACCGUGAACAUCAUAGAACCUGAUGAGGGCUUGGAUGGAGAAACAUUCUUCAUGUACCUGUUCCUGAUUGCCAUUGCUAUCCUCCUCAUCGUUGUAGCCCAGCAGUUUUUAGGGUCAAUUACAAAAAAGCGUCUUUUAAAACCUCGACAACCUGUAGAGAUGGGUACACAGAACUCCGAUAUCGACUUCGACUGGAUCCCAAAGGAAGCACUUCAAAUGAACACCUCCCCAAAGCGAUCCCCAAAGCAAUCACCGAGACAGAGGAGGAGCAAGAGAACCGCCGGGUCCGGCGAAGAGUAAUGGUAGAACUCCUCUGUCUCAUAGAAGUCGCUCUCCAACUUAGGUCACUGAUACCCGUACACCGGGAAUACAAUAGCUUUGUCGACUGUAAAGCAGUUAUAAAAUUAUUCACAAGAAACCAUGUCUAUCUUUAGUUUGCCAUCAAAUCUAGAUCUCUUUAUAAGCAUUUUGUUAGAUUAAAUGGUGCAAGGAUGUAUGUAGGAGAAAGGUGGUGAUGAGUUUGAUACCUCGUAAAUUUUUAAAUGCAUUUUGAGUUUGUGAGAUGAUAUAAAUAAUAAUAAAGUAUUGUGAUGAAAAAUUCCAAGUCCUCAUUCCAGAAUGCUUGCAAUUUUCGUUAUUGCUCAAUCCAAUGUAAUGCUUUAAAACUUGUUCAAAACCAUUGGCCUCACUUUGGUUAUACAUGUAAUACUAUUUACUAGCUCUUUACUAUGCAAUGUGAAAUGUCAUUGUUCGGCAACACUCUGGACCUGGUGGACUGGAUCUUGAAAAACUAUCCAGUAUACCCAAAUCUGUCGGUACAAUUGUGCUAGUAUCAUUUAUGUUAAAGAAGAUCUGUACUAAUAUUAAACGAUUUGCAGGUACAAGUUUUGACUCAGUCAUCCUAAGAUGACAUUUAAUGUGAAUAUGUGAGGUCAAUGGUGUUUGAUGAUGAGUUAACUUUCUGAGUGAGAGUUUGUGUGGUGAGAGAGUUGAUGGUAAUGGGACUAUGCAUGUGUACAAAAGCUGCAAAAGUAUGGUAACUGGGGAUAGAAAACUUGUGUUUUGUAAAAAUUGUGUCUUGACAUGACUUGUGAUAUAUUUAAUCUAAAUUAAUUUUUGUGAUGUACAGUACAGGUUUAUACUAGAAAUAUUCAUACAAUGCUGCAAUAUUUUUAAUUGGAUACAGAACUAUUUGGAGUGAUUUUCUCAAUUUUCAUUUCUCUCUGUUUCUAAGACAUCAGUUAAAGGCAAACAUUUUUAUGUCUAAUAUUUACACCCAAAAUGAUUUCAAGUUUUGUAAUAAUGCAGGGGUUGGUUUCUUCAAUGAUUUUAUUGACUUCUAGUCGAAGCUGUGUGUUAUGUGGGAAAUGAGCGUCAGCAGAUGUAGACUUAUGAUGUUAACCUGUAAGUCUAAAAGUAUUUUGUAUUGUUCCACAUUUCAGGAAAUAAAACCAUUUUUUUUUUCAUAACA